AGCCACUGUCCCGAUUUUUCCAGAUAUUCAAGAUGGGGAAACGAUCAAUCUCCGAGGUCGGCGAUGCGGAGCUGUCCAGAAAGAAGAGCAAGAAGGACAAAUCCGAAAAGUCGAAGAGGAAGGACGUUGCGGACGCUGUCGAGACGAAUGGCGAUAGUGUAGAGGUCUCUGAGGCCCAGCGCAAGGCAGCAAAGAAGGCAAAGAAAGAAGCAAAGGAGGCCAAAAAAGCAAAGAACAUCGAAUCUGCCCCUGCGACAGAAGACGAGGAUGUGGCAAAGGCAGCCAGGAAGGCAGCGCGCAAGGCGGAGAAGAAGGCGGCCAAGGAAGCAACGAGCGCUACCACAACAGCGCCUACCUCGGUCGCGACAUCAGCAGUCGCCUCUCGAGUCGAAUCCUCCGCUACAAGCCCCGAGCCCUCUACAGAUGGCGAAUACCAGGAGGACAAGGAGCUGUCGCAGCUCCCUCAGUCCGAAAUCGACGCCUUCCUCACCAAGCACGCUGUUACGAUCGACGACCCGAAGCCAGGAAAGUUCCGCCCAAUCAUAAACUUCAAGUAUCUGCCCAUCAAGAACGAGGCGUUUGCCAAGUUCACAACACCAACCCCUAUCCAGGCAGCAGUAUGGCCCUCGCUGCUUUCGGGACGGGAUGCAAUCGGUGUGGCGGAGACAGGAUCUGGCAAAACGCUGGCAUUCGGUGUACCUUGUGUACGCUACAUCCAGUCCCUGCCAAAGAACAGGCGCAAGGGCGUGAAGGCCGUUAUUGUUUCGCCCACUCGCGAGUUAGCAGUGCAGAUUCACGAUCAACUGGUCACCCUUGCUGGUCCUGUUGGACUUGGAGUUGUCUGUGUAUAUGGAGGUGUACCCAAGCCUCCUCAGAUCGCAGCUCUCCGCACAGCUUCAAUCGUUGUGGCAACACCCGGUCGCCUUAACGACCUCGUUGGCGAGGGCACUUGCGACCUCAGCAACGCCGACUACGUUGUGCUUGACGAAGCCGACCGAAUGCUUGAUAAGGGUUUCGAGGAGCCCAUCCGUCAAAUCAUCACACAGUGCCCCAAGAAGCGGCAGACCCUCAUGUUCACGGCGACCUGGCCUCCGUCGGUGCGUGAGCUAGCGUCCACCUUCAUGGUCUCACCAGUCAAGAUCACGAUUGGUGACAAUGUUUCCGGCGAGCUUCGCGCCAACAUCCGCAUUAAGCAACAGGUUGAGGUCCUCGACCCUCGGGACAAGGAGCAGCGCCUGAUCCAGCUUCUUAGGCAAUACCAAUCUGGCAAAAACAAGGAUGAUCGUAUCCUAGUUUUCUGCUUGUACAAGAAGGAGGCCACGCGUAUUGAGCAAUUCAUCCACAGAUCAGGCUUCAGGGUCGGCGGCAUCCACGGCGAUCUGAGCCAGGACAAGCGUACUGCUGCAUUGGCGGCAUUCAAGGAGGGCAAGGUUCCGCUGCUCGUAGCUACUGACGUGGCUGCGCGUGGUCUGGAUAUCCCAGCUGUAAAGGUCGUCAUCAAUGUGACUUUCCCCUUGACGGCUGAAGACUACGUUCAUCGAAUUGGUCGAACGGGUCGUGCCGGUCAAGAUGGUCUUGCGAUUACGUUCUUCACCGACCACGACAAGGGCCUAUCUGGAUCUCUCAUUAAUGUCCUCAAGGCAGCCAAUCAACCCGUACCGGAAGAGUUGAUGAAGUUUGGCACUACGGUGAAGAAGAAGGGUCAUGAGGCCUACGGAGCGUUCUACAAGGACACUGGCGACAUGAAGGCAGCGACGAAGAUUACAUUUGAUUAGGCGUCUGAGGUCACCUUGCAGCUUGCCGUACACAUCUCGUUUGCCAGUCGGCGAUGCAAGUGUUUAGCUGCAUUGCCCUGCAGCUCCAAGCGGGGAUUGGUUUAGCAUUUCCUAGCGGAGGCGUUUCGGCACACCUCAAAAGUCCCGAGUAAGACCGCACUAUUGUGAUUAGAAGGAGUCUAUUGUGGGUUACAGAGCAUCAAAUUUCUACUGCUUGCGUCAGGAUCACCCCAUUUUUUAAAUGUGAGGUCUGUGUCACCUCAAAUAAACGCCGUUCAUACUG